AAAAAAAAAAAAAAAAAAAAAAUUGUGGAAGUUGUAGCAUUAAGAAAUGAAGAGGGGGACUAGUAAAAAUGCAUUUUUAUAGAGAUGUUGGGAAAGGCUUGCUUGAAAUUACACGUGGGACUUUUACUAGACAGGCGCUUUGACCAGCUAAGCAACAGGGCUCCCCUCGUGUGGGGCUUUUAGAAUGUAGCAACCACUGACACACAGGGAAGGAUUAUGCCAUCAGGUGAGAAGGUGGCCGACCCUGACUGGCUGGAAGCAGACGCAUUCUGGUAGCUGAUUGGUCCACAGGUAGCGUGAAGCUUGUCACGUCCUCAGGCUCCCAGCAUUCAAUCGUAGCCUUUCAGACAGCUUGAAGCCUUCUGUGGAGAGCUCAAAGCCUUCUGUGGAGAACUCAAAGCUGUCCGUGGAGCCCCAGACGAGCCAAAGCCCACCUUCUCCUCGGCCUGAACUGUCUUGAAGAUGAGUAACAGUGGGUUUGGGAGCUAUGGCAGCAUUUCUGCUGCUGAUGGAGGGAGUGGAGGCAGUGACCAACUGUGUGAGAGAGAUGCAGCUCCUGCUAUUAAGACCCAAAGACCUAAGGUCCGAAUUCAGGACGUUGUACCGUGUAAUGUGAACCAGCUUCUCAGCUCUACUGUGUUUGACACUGUGUUCAAGGUUAGGGGAAUUAUAGUUUCCCAGGUCUCCAUCGUGGGGGUAAUCAGAGGGGCAGAGAAGGCUUCAAAUCACAUUUGUUACAAAAUUGAUGAUAUGACCGCGAAACCAAUCGAGGCCCGACAGUGGUUUGGUAGAGUAAAAGUCAAGCAAGUGACUCCACUGUCAGUCGGAGCAUAUGUCAAAGUGUUUGGUAUCCUCAAAUGUCCCACGGGAACAAAGACCCUUGAGGUAUUGAAAAUUCAUGUCCUAGAGGACAUGAACGAGUUCACUGUGCAUAUUCUGGAAACGGUCAAUGCACACAUGAUGCUGGAUAAAGCCCGUCGUGAUACCACUGUAGAAAGUGUGCCUGUGUUUCCAUCGGAAGUGGAUGAUGCUGGGGAUAACGAUGAGAGUCACCGCAGUUUCAUCCGGGACGAAGUGCUGCGUUUGAUUCAUGAGUGUCCUCAACAGGAAGGGAAGAGCAUCUAUGAGCUCCAAGCUCAGCUCUGCGACCUUAGCCUCAAGGCCAUCAAGGAAGCGAUUGAAUAUCUCACGGUCGAGGGCCACAUCUAUCCCACUGUGGAUCAGGAGCAUUUUAAGUCUGCUGAUUGAGGCAGGGAAAACAUCCUUUCCUUUUCCAAAGAUCCUUGCAUCCAGCUGAGAGUAAUUUUGACCUGUUGACUUUUUAGGAAGUAGGACUAAAAAAAAAAAAAAAUCUCAAGUGGCAUUCUUUGUCAACUCGCUGCUUUUCUAACUGCUUUGAACUCUUCAGAUUUUCUAUAUUUGAAGCUCAGAGAGAGAUGGUGAUGGAUAAAUUGACAACUCUGUAGGAUUUACUAGCAAGCUAAUGGAAACAUGAUGAUUUGGGGGGAAGAAAAACUACAGAAAAUGUAGAAAUGUAUUAUUUAAUUGUGUUGGAGCUGCUUUUCCCAAAAAAAGACAAAAAACGACAACAACAAAAAGUCUUGCUUGUUUUUAUGUUAGAGUUAUUUUCCAUGUUUGGAUUUAGCGUAUAAUGACAUUAUCUCUUGUUCAAUAUAGUAUUUAGUACUUCAUUAAUUCAAAUGAGCUGAAGAUAUUAAUUUGUGAAUUCUAAUGCUCAGUUCAAACAUUUAUGUGUGAUUUGCUCUCAUUACUAUGAAUUUAUGUUUUCUUAAAAUAAGAUUAUACUAUGUUUAAAUAAAUCAUUUUUGCCAGGUUAUCUUUGAAUUUUUUUUAAUGUGGUGAGGUUUAAUUAUUAUUUCAUACAUGACGUGGUAUUUGGAUGAAAUUACAAUUUAUUGUACUUGCAUGGUAAAUGGAUGCCAGAGUUUCUGUAAGUUUGAUGUGCUGGUGUAUUAUUUAUUUUACUAAAUGCUCUGUUUUAUGUAUAACAAGGUAAUUUUUAGGAGGUCAGGGAAGCAAGUCAUAGGAAAUGAAACUUACUGAGUUUAACACAAAUUUAUUCAAAUGUUUUAUUAAAAUAGUUUUAUAAAAUCUUAACUUUCCUGUGUGAUUUUUUUUCUAAGUACAUUUGAAAAAGCCUUUUUGUUUUAUAUCCUUAAGGAUUAAUAGUUAAUUAUCCAGAAUUUUUUCUUUUCUAUAUAUAAUACCAAGAACAUAUGCUAUAGCCUAGUUCUAAUAAUACAUUUUAGUGUAGAUUAUAUAAAUUAUGUGAGACUUUUAAAUAAUUGACCAUUAAAGAAAGCCCUCAGUUACCUAUACACUAAAGAUGGUAUCUUUCAAGGUGUUAAAUAUUUUACAUUAGAGGAAAGAAAAAAUAUAUACUUUUGAAUGAAUAUGUAUUAUAUUUUAUAUAAUAUAUGUAUAUUCAUAUAUAAUAUAUAUUCAGAUAGAAGAGAAGAACAUUAUUUGUCUAAUUGAAUCAUGAAAACUGGAAAAAAAAAAACAAAACUCUUAAAUGGAGCAUUGCCAGUAAUCCGUACUUUCAGGAAAACUUUCAGAAAAUGGCCUGCCAUUAGAAAAACUUACCACCAAUUCUUGCUUAAGCUUUGUGAUGCAUAUUUUUCUUCCCCUUGAAAGUAAAGAAAUCAUAAAUGGCACUCUUGAAAAACACAAAUGAAUAACAUACUAUAAACCUGCUACUUCAAUUAUCAGACAUUUUGAAAAUUCUGGUCUUCAUAAACCUAAAAUAUUCGGAACCACUUUUUGUUGAAAAAGGUUACCUGUCCUAGGGAAAAUCAUAUUGGGGGAGAGGCAACAAGGGGCAUAUAUAAUACUGAGAAUUGUGGAGCUGAAAGAAAUAGUCUAGCAGAUACAGUAUUCUUUUGUGAUAUCACUUACCCAAAUUCAGAAACCAUGACAUUAAAAUCUGAUAUUUAUGAGUGUAAUUAUAGGUCGCUCCCAUAAUUGCUUGAGCUGAUUCAACUGGCCAAUGGAUGGGUAGCCACUUUUUUUUCCUACUCUAGGAGCAUGCCUCCAGAAGGAGGGGGAAAAAAAACUCUUUUUUUUGUUUUGUUUGGGAGGCCAAACUGCUUUUGUCCCUGCAAAUUGAUACAUAGAGAUAUGUACACCUGAAUUUAAGGCAGAAGACCAGCCUGUCCCCCAUCCUCUGAGGGGCAAUGUCCUCUAUCUGUGUUCCUUGGGGUUGUUUUAGACUUUUAAAAUUGCUCCUCCCAACUCUUAUUCUUCUGAAUGGAAUCAUGUGCUUUAGUGGAUUCUGCUGCAGGUAAGAGAUAGCAGUGGAAAAGUAGUAAGUAGGUCUAGAUAUAAUGUCAGUGGAAAUAAAAACAUUUUAGGCAGAAAAUAAUCACUGGAUUGUUUUAUACAAGCGUAUUUAGUCCAUGUUAAAGGGUGCAGAUUUUUAAAGUUCAUUUUCAACACUCACCUGGCAUGCAUACUUUCUCAAUUUUGUUUAGAUUGGGAAUGACUUGGCUAAUAUCCCCUUUCUCCAAGAUCCUGCCCUGAUUGUUAGCCACACCUUUUGAGGAUAAGAUACAAAUCCUGGGGACAUACUAUUGACUAUUUUGGGCAGGGACAUUUAAGCCUGAGGAACCUGAAAAACGUAAUUGAUGAUUAUAAUCCACCCGAGGUUUUUUCCUAUGGCUCACAGGCUUAUGAAAUAUAUGUAUUUAUAUUGAGGUUGAUUCUGAAUUAACUAUGAAUAAAUAUAUUUGAAAGUGUUUUCAAGGCUAAUGUAAUAAUCUUACUAUGGUCAUAAUUAUUAGUGAUCAUUUUGUUACUUUUACCUACUAAAUUUAGUAACAUUUGGAGUAGAAGCUGAAAAGCAUAAAUUCUUAUAUUUUUUCAAUUUCUGUUUACUUUUGAUAACAGCAAUUUAAAAAAGGUAACUAGCAAGAUUUAUAUUUGUUCAUGAAACCUUUAGUGAGUUCCUACUAUAUGCAUUUAAGUGUUAACUUUAAUUUUGAUGAGUUUAAAUUUAAUUGAUUUCUGAAAUGCUUAUUAAAGAUAGUAAUAGUUAACAUUUUAACAUUUAUUUAAUAUUUAUUAUCUCCCAAGUACUGUUCUAAGAGUGGGAGUUGUAUGUAUGUGUGUGUGUGUAUGUGUGUGUAUGUGUGUGUAUGUGUAUGUAUGAUUCCGGUGAUGCCCGGAUUUACAUUUUCAGCUCAGACCUCUUUUUUUUUUUUU